AUGGCUCCAAACGGGCUUGGCGAGCGCGUCAAACGGUUCCUCGGCAUUGAUCCCAACGACACUCUCGACGACUCGGCCUAUUAUGACGAUGGCUCCUAUAUCGAGACGGAGUCGUCCAUCAAGGACUUGCUCCUGGACUUUAUGCCCACAUUACCAGGCCUCAUCCGCUACCUCCACGAGCUCUUCCCAUUCCUCGGCUGGAUCUUCCACUACAACCUAACAUGGCUGCUGGGCGAUAUCAUUGCCGGUGUCACUGUCGGCUUCGUCGUCGUGCCGCAGGGCAUGGCCUACGCCUUGCUCGCCAAACUACCACCAGAGUAUGGCUUGUAUACUUCUUUUGUUGGGUUCCUGUUAUACUGGGCAUUCGCGACGUCCAAAGACAUCACCAUCGGCGCCGUCGCCGUCAUGUCAACCAUUGUUGGCAACAUCGUCAUCAACGUACAGAAAACGCACCCCGAUCUGAGUGCAGACACCAUUGUCCGAAGUCUAGCGCUUAUAUCCGGAGUGGUGCUUCUGUUCUUGGGUCUAAUCCGAGCGGGCUUCAUUGUCGAGUUCAUUCCUCUGGUCGCCAUCGGCGCCUUCAUGACCGGCUCCGCCAUCAGCAUCGCCGCAGGUCAGGUCCCCGGCCUGUUGGGCAUCUCCGGUAUCAACACUCGCGAGGAAACAUAUCUUGUCAUCAUCAACACCCUCAAAGGCCUACCGAGAGCAAAGCUAGACGCCGCGAUGGGCUUGACUGCGCUGUUUGGCCUUUACAUGAUCCGCUGGUUCUGCAAUUUCAUGGGCAGGAGAAAUCCACGUCGCGCUAAGACCUGGUUCUUCAUUUCGACACUUCGCAUGGCCUUCGUCGUUGUCCUAUACAUACUCGUCAGCUGGCUUGUCAACCGUGGUGUCUCAGACGCAUCCAAGGCCAAGUUCAAGAUUCUCGGCAACGUGCCCAGCGGCUUCCAGGUUGUUGGCCCUCCUCGUGUUGACAGCGAGAUUUUGGCGGCGCUUGGACCUGAUAUUCCCACCACGAUUCUGGUCCUUCUGAUCGAGCACAUUGCAAUUUCAAAGUCCUUUGGCCGUAUCAACAACUAUAUCAUCGACCCUUCUCAGGAGUUGGUCGCCAUUGGCUUUACCAACGUGUUUGGUCCCUUCCUCGGCGGGUACCCAGCCACGGGUUCUUUCUCUCGUACCGCCAUCAAGGCUAAAGCGGGGGUUCGGACGCCUCUAGCUGGUAUCUUUACCGCCGUCAUUGUCCUCCUCGCCCUCUACGCGCUCACGUCCGUCUUCUUCUACAUCCCAACCAGCGGUCUUGCUGCCAUCAUCAUUCAUGCUGUCGGCGAUCUCAUCUCCCCGCCGCGUGAAGUCUACCAAUACUGGCAGACCUCCCCGUUGGAAGGUGUGAUCUUUUUCGCCGGUGUCUUUGUCUCCGUCUUUACCUCAAUUGAAAAUGGUAUAUACGUCACCGUUGCUGCGUCGGCCGCCGUUCUCCUCUUCCGCAUAGCCAAGAGCCCAGGCCGCUUCCUCGGCCGGGUUGUCAUACGUACCGCACCACGAGACCGGCUCAACUCCAACAAUAAUUUCUCACAGGAAACGGACCCGUUGAUUGGCGAGAAGAGCCCACACGCGGCAUACAUUGCUCUCGAUAGGAGCGACCUGUCCAACCCGCAGGCCGACAUCCGAUCUCCGUCCCCGGGCGUCUUCAUCUACCGCUUUGGCGAGGGGCUCAACUAUGUCAACUCGGCCCGCCACCUGGACAACCUCACCAUCCACAUCUUCAAGCACACGCGCCGGACACAGCUGAACAAAUACGACAAAGUGGGCGACCGGCCCUGGAACGACCCGGGUCCGAGGCGGAAUGUGGCGCAGCUGAACGAACAACUUGCUUCCCGCCCAAUCCUGCGCGCUGUGAUUCUUGAUUUCACCGCCGUGAACUACCUGGAUGUUACGGCAGCGCAGGCGCUGGUCGACCUGAGAAGCCAGUUCGACAGGUAUGCGGAUCCCGAGCGGGUCGAGUGGCACUUUGCUGGGGUGGUGAAUCGCUGGACCAAGCGGGCGCUGGUGGCAAAUGGAUUCGGCGGGGAGAGGUUGUCGGAGAGGGUCGUCGAGGGUGUUGAGUCGGGAACUGACCACGACUUGAAGGGGCGGCAAGCAUCAAGGGCCGCCGGUCCGCUAAUUGGGUUUGCUGAGGCCGUGGUUGGUACUGAAAAGGUUACGGAAAGGGGUGGUUCGAAGGCCCAAGAGACUGAUGUUGAGGCUGCUGCUGGCGAGAUCUCACCCGUCGCGUCUUCAAAUGGCGACGGCGACGCACCCUCGGGCAGUGGCAGAUUUGUUCCGCUCUAUGGGGUCAACCGGCCGUACUUCCAUGUUGAUGUUGAGACCGCUGUUGAGAGCGUGGUAAGGAGUUUGGAGAGGCGGACGUCGAAUUGGAAGGAGUGA